AGGAAUUACUCCAGGAGAAACUACUGACAUACUAUUGUAAAGAUGGAGAUUAAGGAAGAACCCUGCAGAAUAAAAGAUGAAGAUACAGAGGAACAAAUAGGUUGGUGUUUUCUCUUUAAUCACUGAUGAGGAACAUUAAGAUGAAAACUGACGUUUAACAAUACAUCUAAAACUAGAUACUAGUAGACUCAGUAUUAAACUAUAUUUUGCUAAUUUGGGGCUCCCUGAUUUGUUUCUAAUUUGUCCAUCGUCAAUUGAACCAUGGGAAUUUAAUGUUGAUUUUAGACCCGAUGGAAGUGAAUGAAGACAAACAGCAUCAGAUUCAUAAACCUCAUAAUUUCACAAAUGAAGAUGGAAACGCAGUCGUUUCGAAGAAAAAGAAUUCCACACAAAAAAAAGCUGUAAAAACUGGAGUCAGAGGAUCUUUUACCUGCCUUGAAUGUGGAAAGAGUUUAAAACAUAAAUCAAACCUUAGGAAGCACAUGAAAAUUCAUAUUGGAGAAAAAAAGUUCAUAUGCACUCAGUGUGGAAAGAGCUACAGACAUAAUGGACAUUUAAAUGAGCACAUGAAAGUUCACACUGGAGAAAAACCGUUCACAUGCACUCAGUGUGGAAAGAGUUUCAUUCGCAAAAAAGUUCUCAAAGCGCAUCUGCGCCGUCACUCUGGAGUGAAGUCGUUCAGCUGUGAUCAGUGUGAUAAAACAUUUGUUGUGGAAUCAAACUUGAGACAACACCUUAUAGUUCAUGCUGCUGUGAAGCCUCAUGUUUGUUCUUUUUGUGGAAAGAGUAUUUCACGACUGCAACAUUUAAAAGAGCACGAGAGUACUCAUACUGGUGAGAGACCUUAUAUUUGCUCUGACUGUGGGAAGAGCUUCACUACAUCUAGCAACCUAAAAAGACACCAGAGGAUUCAUACUGGAGAGAAACCGUACAAGUGCUCACACUGUGGACAGAGUUUCAUCCAACUAACUAGUUUACAUUAUCAUAAGAAAAAGCUCUGCACGAAGGUGUCUAAAUGAGCAAAUGAGCAAAAUUACUCACAAAUAAUACACAUACAAGAAAAUAAUUUGACAUUCAGAUUCAGCAAAAGCUGAAAUUUGUUUCCAUAGUGAUUUAAGAGUGUAAUUUGCUAAAAUUUGUAGUGAAGUUUUAUCAUUUGUCAAAGAACAUUUGGCAGGGUCAGUAAUAUUUCAUGUAAAACUAUUGUUGCUGUAAAAUGUGAUUUAUGAAGCGAUGUUUUGUUUCUUUGUAGAGUUUAAUUAUUUUCAUUAAUUGUGCAUGAGCACAAAUAGAAAUGAUACGUUGCAGACAUAUUGAAAAGGCUUUCUUGCGUCUUUUGACGCAUUUAAAGAAAUGCUCUGUACAUUUGGACACUAAGAGAAAUAAAAAUGAGCCUUGAAAUGUGACUUAAUGAAUAAACUUGUUUACAUGAAAUCGAGGGAAACCACAUCAGCUUCACACGUGCAAUCAUGUUAAAAUCACAUUUCAAAUAUGUGAAACGUGGUUUUGCAACAUUCUCAUGGUGAAACCCAAAAUUCAUGUGUUUUUUCUGCAAGGGUAAACAUUGUAUUUAAUAUUGAGCAAGGGUGUACUAAUAAAUAAUACUUUACAUUUGCAGUUGAAAUUUCCACUGUACAGUGUUGUUUACUGAAAGAUACCCUGCUUUCAUUGGUUUACUACACUAGUCAACAUUUGAAGUGGAUCAAAACCUUUCAUCAAAGUUGUCCUAAAACCUUCUUCUUAGGACAACUUUUUUGAUCCACUUCAAAUGUUGAUUACUGUAUAAGACAGUGUCAUUUGCUCAGUCUUUGCUCACAGACAGUGAUCUCUUAUAUUCACUGUAUUAAAGGACUGUUCAUCA